AUGUCUGCCAUAUUGGCACACUGUCAGCCAUGGCUGAUCCUGCUGUUUUACCUGGUGUUUUACGGGUUCCUGGCCGGGCUCUUCGCCCUCACCAUGUGGGUGAUGCUGCAGAGCGUCGACCCCCACGUGCCCAAGUUCGAUGUCCCCCCGAUGUCCCCAGGGCUGAUGAUCCGUCCCUGCACCGAGGGUCUCGAUGUCACCUUCAACGUGAGCCAGAGCCAGACCUGGCACCAGUACGUGAGAGCCCUGCACCAGUUCCUGGAGCCGUACAACGACAGCGUCCAGGCGUGGCGUAACGCCGCCUGCGUGCCGGGCCGUUACAACGAGCAGCCGGACGACGGCGUCCCCAACGUCCCCAAGCGCGCCUGCCGCUUCAACCGCUCCCUGCUGGGACCCUGCGCCGGCCUCGCGCCCCACGGCGACUACGGCUACGGCCACGGCCAGCCCUGCGUGCUGGUCAAGGUCAACCCUCCCCCAGGGACAUUUUGGGGACCCCCCCCUGUCCCCCCCCAGCGCGAGGAGGACGCGGCUCUGCUGGGCCCCCUGCAGCUCUUCCCCCCCAACGGCUCCAUCGACCUCAUGUACUUCCCCUACUACGGGAAACGAGUGCACGCCAAGAUGGCGGCCGUGCCGCUGGCCAAGAUGGCGGCCGUGAGUGUGGCGAUAAGAAACAAGAUGGCGGCCGCCACGGGGACGGUGCUGAGCAACGUUCGGGUUCAAGAUGGCCGCCACCGGAUGUAG